CAGCGUGUCGUAGGCGUCUGAAGCCGCAGGCUCCGGCCCGGCUUCCCGGGACGCACAAGGCAGGCGCUGGGCGUGCGCAUGCUCGGCAGGCGGGGCCGCUGGAGUCUCCAGGCGCUGCAAUCUGUUGCACUGCCGCCCGCGGGAGCCAUCAGAUCCGGGUCUUGUGGCUAAGAGUGACGUGGUCACUCGAAUCAAAACAGAGGAGGGGGAGGAAGCCGGCAGCCAGGAGCGGCAGCGGCAGCAGCGUCCGGAGCAGCCGCAGCCUUCUGGAAGCUCCAGGCGGUCUUUCUGCCGAGCCUCGGUCCCGGCCCCCAUCCUCCCCGCCCCAUCGGUUGUUGUCUGGGCGGAUUUAAACAGUCAAGUAAAAUCAAGCUGGGUAAUCAUGGCAGAAGGUGGAUUCGAUCCCUGUGAAUGUGUUUGCUCUCAUGAACAUGCAAUGAGAAGACUGAUCAAUCUGUUACGGCAGUCCCAGUCUUACUGCACAGACACAGAGUGUCUUCAGGAAUUACCAGGACCCUCUGGUGAUAAUGGCAUCAGUGUUACUAUGAUCUUAGUGGCCUGGAUGGUUAUUGCAUUGAUCUUGUUCUUACUGAGACCUCCGAAUCUAAGAGGAUCCAACCUACCUGGAAAGCCAACCAGUCCUCAUAAUGGACAAGAUCCACCAGCUCCUCCUGUGGACUAACUUUGUGAUACGGGAAGUGAAAAUAGUUAACACCUUGCACGACCAAACGAACGAAGAUGACCAGAGUACUCUUAACCCCAUUAGAACUGUUUUUCCUUUUGUAUCUGCAAUAUGGGAUGGUAUUGUUUUCAUGAGCUUCUAGAAAUUUCACUUGCAAGUUUAUUUUUGCUUCCUGUGUUACUGCCAUUCCUAUUUACAGUAUAUUUGAGUGAAUGAUUAUAUUUUUAAAAAGUUACAUGGGGCUUUUUUGGUUGUCCUAAACUUACAAACAUUCCACUCAUUCUGUUUGUAACUGUGAUUAUAAUGUUUGUGAUAAUUUCUGGCCUGAUUGAAGGAAAUUUGAGAGGUCUGCAUUUAUAUAUUUUAAAUAGAUUUGAUAGCUUUUUAAAUUGCUUUUUUUCAUGAGGUAUUUAUAAAGUUAUUUGAGGUUGUCUGGGAUUGUAUGAAAGAAAAUUAGAACCACGUUGUAUUUACAUUUACCUUGGUAGUUAAUUUGUGGAUGGCAGUUUUCUGUAGUUUUGGGGACUGUGGUAGCUCUUGGAUUGUUUUGCAAAUUACAGCUGAAAUCUGUGUCAUGGAUUAAACUGGCUUAUGUGGCUAGAAUAGGAAAAGAGAAAAAAAUGAAAUGGUUGUUUACUAAUUUUAUACUCUCAUUAAAAAUCUCUAAUGUUAAGAAAACCUUAAAUAAACACGAUUGAUCAAUAUGGCAGAUGAUUUACAGUCCAUUAUAUGACAUUUGUAAGCCACUCAACACUAGCCUUACAAGGUUCAUGAAAGGAGGAAAACAUUAAUUCUUUCUGCCUUUGCUGGUAUAAUCCACAUAAUAAUUUAAGCUAUAAUUUAUUUUUAAAAUGAGUGCCUCUUGGGAAGUUUCUUUUCUGUUCUAACACUGCCUGUUAAAAUGAAAAUCUUAGGCUGGUGCGGUGGCUCACACCUGUAAUCCCAGCACUUUGGGAGGCUGAGGUGGGUGGAUCAUUUGAGGUCAGGAGUUCGAGACCAGCUUGGCCAACAUGGUGAAACCCUGUCUCUACUAAAAAUACAGAAAAAUUAGCCAGGCGUGGUACAUGUGCCUGUAAUCCCAGCUACUCAGGAGGCCAAGGCAGGAGAAUUGCUUGAACCCAGGAGGUAAAGGUUGCAGUGAGCCGAGAUCGCACCACUGCACUGCAGCCUGAGCGACAGAGUGAGACUCUCUCUCAAACAAAAAUAAAAAUAAAAAUAAAAUUAAAAUUUUAAAGCUGUAUUAGGGCCUGUUAGAUUACUGAUAUUUGAAUGCCUAUUUACUUAUUUACUCCAUUGAGUCCUUUGUUAUCCUCUGACCUAUAAAAAAUUUUGAUAAGUAACAGGUUUACUUCAAGGGAAAAGAAGGAAAAUGAGAAACAAACAUCUUUUUUUCACUCCUUAUCUUAUUCCUGUUUGGUGAUGGGAUGGAUUGGGGUAGGAAGGAAUGUUAAUAUGAGAGAAAUUUUGAAAUGUAUAAAAAAGUAAAAGGUUGUAUUGUUUUGCUCAGUUUGAAAUAAAGUGAAUACCAAUAGCACUUAAAAAUGUCUGCAUGGGCCGGGCGCGGUGGCUCACGCCUGUAAUCCCAGCACUUUGGGAGGCCGAGGCGGGCGAAUCACCUGAGGUCAGGAGUUCGAGACCAGCCUGACCAACAUGGUAAAACCUCGCCUCUACUAAAAAUGCAAAAAUUAGCCAGGCAUGGUGGUGUGUGCCUGUAAUCCCAGCUACUAGGGAGGCUGAGGCAGGAAAUUGCUUGAACCCGGGAGACGGAGGGUGCAAUAAGCUGAGAUCGUGCCACUGCACUCCAGUCAGGGCAACAGAGUGAGACUCUGUCUAAAAAUAAAUAAAUUUUAAAAAAUGUCUGCAUGACCCAUGUGGUUAUGAAGUUUUUUUCCUAGCAAAUGAUUGCAGAUUAUUUAUGGGGGCUAGAAGAUAUUUUGCUAUCAAUGUAAGGAUUUUUUUCCCCUUAGGUCAGUCUAUUCACUGUUUAGAUCUGGUAAAUUACUUGUAUGCAUUGAAUAAAUUCUCUGUAUCAUUGUACUGUUUAAUAGUCUCUGAUACAAUUGUGAUACUCAUAAGAGAUUUUUUCCCCUUUAUUAUGAUUACAUUCUAGAUCAUAAACAUUGUAAGGGUAUCUUUUCGUUAUAUAAUCCAAUAUUGAUUGUUUGAAUUCCUCCUUGUACACAUCUUGGCUUUGUGCUCAAUUUCUUGAAAUAAUAUAACCAACUCUGAAUUACGUGUGUUAAUAGAUGGGUAACAUAACACAGGUAAGUUAAAUCCUGGAUAAAUGAGCCCCACAGAAUAAAGGUUUUUGUGGCCUACUGGAAGCCUUCCUAACUCUACAGCUGGUGAAGUAGAGCAGAAAGGGCCAGAAUGGCUUAAGAUGGAGCCAAAUCCCUAUAGCAUUCCAUUUUCUGCUCUUGCCUCUUGAACUUAGAAGGCUUGCCCAUAUAUAUAUCCUAACAAUCUGUUCUCUGAGCUGCUAGAAGGCCAAUCCCUGGCAAGAGAUACUGAUGUAGUCACUGAAUCUAUGGCUCACAAAUAAUUGAAAAUUGGCUUUGGGGGCUGGGCGCAGUGACUUAUACCUAUAAUCCCAGCACUUUGGGAGGCUGAGGCGGGUGGAUCACUUGAGGUCAGGAGUUUGAGACCAGCCUGGCCAACAUGGUGAAACUCCUUGUCUACAAAAAAUACAAAAAUUAGCCGGGUUUGGUGACACAGCCUGUAGUCUUAGCUACUCAGGAGGCUGAGGCAGGAGAAUCGCUUGAGCCUGGGAGACAGAGGUUGCAGGAAGCCAAGAUCACGCCACUGCACUCCAGCUUGAGUGGCAGACUGAGACCUUGUCUCAAAAAAAAAAAGAAAAAAAAAAAGACUUUAGAAGGCUUUAUUGGAAGAAGUGGCUGAAACUUGGACACAGAAUGUCUAGUAUUACACCUAAGAAUCUGGAUUCUUUUUUGUUGUUGUUUUGAGAUGGAAUUUUGCUCUUUCGCCCAAGCUGAAGUGAAAUGGUGCGAUCUUGGCUCACUGCAACAUCCACCCCCGGGUUCGAGCGAUUCUCCUUCCUCAGCCUCCCGAGUAGCUGGGAUUGUAAGUGCCCACCACCAAGCCCGGCUAAUUUUUGUAUCUUCAGUUAGAGACGGGGUUUCGCCAUGUAGGUCAGGCUGGUCUCAAACUGACCUCAGGUGAUCCACCCACUAUGGCCUCCCAAAGUGCCAGGAUUACAGACGUGAGCCACCGUGCCUGACUGGAAAAUCUAGAUUCUUAUUCCUAGUUCUUCAUUUCUGUCACAUGCACUUAGUUGACAUUACGUCUAUGUGUAUUAGCUUUUUCCUACAUGAACCAUCUAUUUACUUGGUAACCAGUGUUCUUAAUGAAGUAUUUAGUCUUGGGUUUCUUGUAAAAUUUCUCUGCAUUCCUGAAACAGUGUACUAUACAUGAAAUAUUCUUGUUUACCUAGUAAUUUAUAUUAUUCUGUUUAAUUCUUAAAGCUUCUACCUGUGGCCUUUUUAUUGAGCACACUCUUAAGUCAUUAUUUGGCUUGUAAACAUUCACCUGAAUUGUGGCUACAAUCCUUUUUAAAUAAUCUGCGAAAAAAGAAAUAUAAAGCUUACAUUUUCACAGUUUUGGCUCUUAAACAUUUUCCACACACGUCAUUAAGAAUUUAUUUUGUUUUAGACCAGUCAUGGUGGCUCAUGCCUGUAAUCCCAGCAAUUUGGGAGGCUGAGGCAAGAGAACUGCUUGAGCCCAGGAGUUUGAGACUAGCCUGGGCAACAUAGCAAGACCCUGUCUCUGCCAAAAAGAAAAAAGUAAAAAAGCUUUUUUUGUUUUAUGCACAAUAAUGGUGGGAGGUUGUUUUGUUUUUUGUUUGUUUUGUUUUCCAUGUGGAAAAGGUUAACAUUGGAACUGUUUCUAGUAAAAGAUUUUUUUCAGGCUGGGCACGGUGGUUCAUGCCUGUAGUCCCAUCACUUUGGGAGACCGAGGCAGCCAGAUAACCUGAGGUCAGGAGUUUGAGACCAGCCUGGUCACCGUCUCUACUAAAAAUACAAAAGUAGCUGGGUGUGGUGGUACAUGCCUGUAAUCCCACCUACUUGGGAAGCUGAGGCAGGAGAAUCACUUAACCUGGGAGGCGGAGGUUGCAGUGAGCCAAGGUCAUGCCAUUGCACUACAGCCUGGGCAACAAGAGUGAAACUCCAUCUCAAAAAAAAAAAAAAAUGUUUUUCAUUUUUUUCAUGUUAUCUAUCCAAGCACUGUCCCAUGGUCAGCAAGUCAUAUUUUACAAUGUGGAUUUUUUACAAAAUAAUUAUUGAAUACAGCUAUUCUAUGGUUACUUUUAGUGUUUUUGUGGUAUGUGGUGUGGGAGUGUUUAUGAAAUUACCAGUAUCUUAAAUUUUCAAAGGAACCUUGGAAGUCUGUCACUCUAAAUGAAAGUCUGUCACUCUACAUGAAUUAUGUGCUCAAAUUUGACCAGCUCAGUUUAAGACACAAAACAGUAAUUUGAAGAAGGAAAAAUGAAGAGUUUACAGUUUAAUGGGUUAAAUUUUUGUUCUUGCAAUAGUAAAUUUAGUCUUAUAUUUCUAAAUGUGUGAAGAUUGCUUUGUUAAAAGCAAAAGUGGUCGUGUGAUAUGCUAAAUGUUAAUUACUGUUUUUAUAUGUUUCAGUCAUGCCAAACAAAUCAUGUCUGUGCCAUCCAGGGUCUAUUGUUAAUCUUUUUCUGAGUACUUGGAUUGGGAUAAAGGGCUUGUACUAUGCACUUUUUAUUAAUGAAUAAAUAGAAAAUAUUAGUAACA